AUGUCUGCUCGCGGCUUGUCUCCACCUCCUCUUUACGACUCUCCUUCACAUGCGACCACCACUCUCAAGCCCUACCUUGAACUUCCCCACCUGCUCUCUCUUACAUGGCUCGCCUACCCCAUCCUCUCCUUGCUCUUCGUCGUCUUCCGACUCCAGCUCUCCGUUGCGUCUGCACAGGGUUCCGUUGCGGGCGCAAAGCAGGAUCUUCUCAGCAGCUGUAACGCCGCUCAGCACGCAGCCACCGCUGCGGCGAGCAUGCCGCGUUAUCUCGCAGUCGCCGUGAACCACCAGAUCACCAAUGCGGUCAACGACAUGCUCGACGCUGCUCGUGAUACCAUGAUCCUCGCUCUAACCAUCAUGGAGGCGAUCAUCAACUUUAUCGUAGACACCUAUCGCUCAACGUUCCUCUGCUUCUUGGAGUUGGUGGUGCGAGGUGGCCUGUCCAUUCUCAUCGGGUUUGUCCAAGAGGCCAACAGCUUUCUUUCGUCCACUCUGGGCAGCAUUCGGACAUCCAUCCAAAAUGAUGUCAGUUCUGCGAAUUCGGCCAUUGCGAGUGCGGUGAACGAGAUCAACAAGAUCAACCCUUUCGGUAACAUAUCAGUGCCGCAGUUCAGCAUUCCGAGCUUGACUUCAUUGGAGAACGUCACCCUUCCGAGCGACUUCGAGAGCGCGCUGAUUUCUCUCAACAAUUCGUUGCCAACGCUGUCGACCCUCAAGUCCGAUCUUGAUUCCAUUCUUGACACUCCGUUCGAGCUCGUAGUCAAGGAAAUCAACGAGACCUUCGCAAAUAUGACGUUCACCGUGAAUGCUCUACCCAUUCCGCAGCAGAAUACCCUCACCUUUUGCGACAACCUGGACACUUCGGUCGUCGACGAUCUUGCUCGCGAUAUCGUCAAGGUGGCUAAGAUUGGCACGGUCAUCCUGCUUGUGCUCGCCGUGCUUCUGCUCGCUUCCAACUGCUUGCUGGAGUGGUACAAGUGGCGCCUCCUGAAGAAACACCUGCAGAGGACCCGCGACGCGUGGACGUCGGACCCCAGCGUCUAUAACAUCACAGUCGCGAAGACGUCUGUGCCCACGGUUGACAUGAGCGAUCAUAACCUGAUGGUUCUCCAGGCGGACGCGCUUCAUCCGCACCUGAUGAAGAUCGCGAAUAUGCUUGCGAGAUUGUUCCGCAUGAGCCCGUCGCAAUACAUUCACCUUCGUUGGUUCUUCCACUAUGUUUUCCACCCGCCGGCUCUCGCAUGCUUCCUGAUCGGAUUUUUUGGCCUGCUUUCGGUGCAGAUCCAGAUCAUCGCUAUCAGACCUCUCGCAGACAAGUAUUCGCAGCAGGCUGCCGCGUCAGUCUCAGGGUACACCGAUCUCAUCGCUACGUCGAUCAACAGCAGCAUGUACAACCAGUCGUCUGUCUAUGCCGACCAGGUGAAUGCGCAAGUGGAUAUUGUUCAGUCAACGGUGAACGACGGCCUCUUUGGCUGGGUCAAUAGCACGACUACCACGCUCAACGACACGAUUAAUGCAUUUUACAACGAUCUCCAGGAUGCAGUCUCCACGGUGUUCAACGGCACGAUCCUCGAGAGCCCGGUCUCGGAGUUCAUCAAGUGCUUCAUCGGCGGGAAGGUCAGCGACAUCGAAAUCGCGCUCACGUUUUUGCACAACAACCUGAACAUCAACAUCCCACGCGUGAACGAGUCCGCGCUCGUGCUCUCUUCCGCGCAGGUGAACGAGAUGACGGCGCCGAUCGCGACGGCGGCCGUGGGCGGGGGUUCCAACAACAGCACGGGUAUCCUCGGCACCCUGAUUGCAGACUACAUCGAGGGGCUGAAGAAGGAGCGGAUCAUGUUCUCGAUCUUCAUGGGCCUCUGGGGCAUCGUCGUCCUCAUGGCGCUCGCCAUCAUCUUCUGGCACGCGUAUGGCAGGGACUGGCUGGAGGCGCACCGCAGGCGCAAGUGGCAGCGGAGGCAGCGAGCGGGAAUCAACGGACUGGUGAUUCCUUUCCGGAACACCAGCACUUCGACCCCUGUGCCCCCUUUGAAGGACGAGGAUGGUGGAGAGAUGGUGGAGGUUAACUUGCCCUCGUUCACGCCCAUGCCUUCUCCCCAUCCCCGCUCUGGUAUCUUCGACGGUAUUCGUACGUCGAUGCGCCGCCACAGCGGCACCCCUUCGCAGGGCCAUCUGCUGCAACCCCCUUCACACCCGCUGAGCAUGCGCAAACCCCAAUUCGAGAAGAGUUGGGACAGCUUCCUUGAUCAUAGCGCCGCUGCUGCUUCCGCACAGCGUCACAGCAGCAGCCCCAGUAUCAGCCAUCCGACGAAGCUGAUGUCGCUAGGGAGCAGGGGCCGCGAGCGGUUCACGGGCGACGAGAAGCAGGCCGAUGUUGAAGGGGGCGCAUCGGACAAGCAUACCACCUCGUGGUUUCCCCGGCUGUGGAACGUGAUGCGGAAGAACGAUCGAGCAGAGGAGCAAAUGGAUGAGACAUCUUCGCCUCGCGCAAGGGCGCGCCCUCAACUUACCAUUAGAGUGGACGCGCCGUCGACCGAGAGCGACGAUCUGACUGUAGUAGACGGUGCUGACGUUGAUGAUACUCCUCGUUCUGCUUGGUCGGUGUCGCCAGUGCUCUCUCCUCCCAAGUUACCCUGGAUGCACAAACAGACACCUGCGAGGAAGUCUGAUCUCCCAUCCUCACAUACUUCCAAGCCUCUACGCACUGACGUUCCUGUGAGCGUGGACUCCGUCUAUGGUCCGCCUGAACCGCAGUUUCCUGUCGCUGUUCCCUUGCACCAUGGCUUCGAACCAGAUCCAUCGAUGCCCCACAUAAGAGUACUUGUGCCACCUUCGCUCCACCCCACGAUUAUCGCGCACUCCUCCCAGGCGGUGGACCCGUUCGUAACGCCCUUUGACGACGAGCACCAGGUGCCAGAUGUCCAAGUUUCAUCCGAUCCCUUCUCCGUGAGAAGGAGCAUCCCCACGAACCCUUUCAUUGCUAUGGCUCUAUGA